UCGUGAGGCCAAGCGGUUCCGGUGAAAAUGUCGAUUCCGAUUGGACUCUCGAUGAUUUAAAGGCAUCUGGCGUUUCUGAGGCAGGUCCUUGGACUCUGAGAUGGAAGACGGCACUGGUGGCCGACUGAGUGCACUGCCUAUGAGUUAGAAAACAAACAGACAAGAAAAUGGCACUGGCAAAGUCUGGCUCUACAGGGUAAUAUGAAGGUAGGGGACAGCACGAGCAUUUUUGCUGAAUCUAGUUCCUCCUCAUCUCCCAGCAGUUGUGAGUGAAGAAUCAUCUCGAAAGGUGUUGUCACUGUCCCUCCGUCCACAUCCUGGCACUGUUUCCCUCAGGUUCGUGAUGUAGUGGAAAAGACUCCUAUUCCAGGAGUCAAGAGACUUUUAUCUCAAACCCUGACUCUACCAUCACCUCCCUGGUAGUCUUGGGCAAAUCACUGUCAUUCUACAUAAAAUAAGAAGUUGAACGAGAUGGUCUGAAAGAUCCCUUCCAUCUAAAAAAUUUAUUAUUUUCUAUGAAGAGCGUGACUAUAUUUGUUGUUUUUGUCUUCCAGCAUCAAGCACAGUGCCUGGCACACAGUAAAGGUUCAGGGAAUGCUGUGAUUAGUGAAUGAAUGAAUGAACGAAAUGCUAGACAAAUGAAGUUCUUAGACAAGGCCAGUUGGUGGCAUCACCUCUCUACAUAACCACAAGGGAGUGUUGCUAGUCUCAGACUAAGGGAAAGCCUUAGGACUAGAAAUGAUAAAAAGGUAAAGAAAUGAUUGGAGGACCAGAUGUUUGAAAUGAAUAGCAGAACCCUGGAAUUCUGGCCCACUUUUUCUUUAAGCCAAUAAAGAAAAUAAGUCCAAAGCAUUAAGCAGUUUUUGUUGCUGUUGUUGUUGUUUAUUUAUUUAUUUUGGGGGGGAGACGGAGUCUCACUCUGCCGCCCAGGCUGGAGUGCAGUGGCGUGAUCUCAGCUCACCAAAAUCUCCACCUCCCGGGUUCAAGUGAUUCUCCUGCCUCAGCCUCCCGAGUAGCUGUGAUUACAGGCGCUCACUACCAUGCCCCACUAAUUUUGUAUUUUUAGUAGAGACUGGCUUUCUCCAUGUUGGUCAGGCUGGUCUUGAACUCCUGACCUCAGGUGAUUCGCUCACCUCGGCCUCCCAAAGUGCUGGAAUUACAGGAGUGAGCCACCUCGUCCGGCCAAGCAGUUAUCUUAAUUGCCAGAUUAGCAAGGUGAUUCUGGGUGGGCAGAGGAGUAGACAUUGCCCCAAGAGACAGUGAUGACACAGUCACACAGGAGCAGCCACGAGGCCAGAAGGUAGCCUGUGGGGCUCACCUGACCUCGGGCUGGGCACUCCCCUUCUGCCACCCCCUUUAUACUCAUCCCUGGUUCGAAAGCCCCAACAUGUUGGCACCCAGCCUGGAUCACUCUCACCUCUGGGUUUUUCCUAUGUGUUCACAAAGCCCACUGCUGAUUUAUUGUCGCAAGGGGCCCCUCCCUUCCCCCAGCACUCCAAAGGAACCGAACAUCGAACGUUAUCUUAAUUAGCCGGCAGAGGGAAAGAAGGGGCUGAAUAUAUUGGAAUCCUUGAGAAAGCCUUACUCUUUUACCUACCCACCUCCUGCCUUCUCUUUGUCCCCAUCUCAGCUCCUUCUGCAGUAGGUAGAGAUGUAGGCAAUGAAAGGGGAGGGCCCAACGAAGCAUUUUUUUUUUCCAGUUAUGAUUGAGAUCAUGGGGAGACAGGAUGAGGUGUGGUGAGGGUGUAUCUCGAGAUCCUUAGCUCUGACAUGGGGUUUGCAGGAGAGAGUAGGGGGACCACUGAGCUCUGUCCACAGACUAGAGCAGGAAAGGGGGGAAGGGCGGCGAUAGAGGUUAGCAGGAAUAUUUAAUUAUCAGGAGCAGGAACAGAACUGAGGGCAUGCCCAGGUCCACGCAGGCCCUCAUAGGCCCAGUGUUCCCAGUGGGGAGGAAACAGGAAGCUGUGACUUCCUCUCUCUUUUACCUCCCUGCUCUUAGCCUCAAGGUCACUGCUGCUGAGAUGAAUUCCAACCUGUUUUAGUUGGCACUGCUCCCUGGGUAUGGUAAUAGCUUCUCAGUACCCUUCUGCCACAAACACCCCAAACUACUCCUUUGAAAUAAUAUUCAUACAAAUUGUGAUUUCACAUGUAUUCUCUCAUUUCAUCAUGCCACUCCUGUGAAGCAGACUUAUCUGAAAAUUUUAAGCAAGAAAACAGGCUUAGGGGAGUAAAGUAACUCUCCCAGUCACACGGCUAGUGAGUAGGUCUGGGACUCCGCAGCCUCUGCUCUUUCCUCUCUUAGACACCCAUGCUGAUUCCCUGCCUCUAUACCACCUCCCAGGCCCCUUCCUUUGGGCCCCAAGGGAACACUUUCUGCAGAGGAGGGAGGCAUCUGCACACUGUUAGGAACAGAGGCGGCUCUAGUUUGGUUCCUGUCGUCUCUGGGACAGGGAACCUCCAGCUCUCUCCCUGGGGUGGAGGCUUGGGGCUGCCCCCCAUAGUGAGGUAACCUUCCCUUCUACCCUCCCUUCUCCCCUCCCUCUCUGCCAUUUAGAGCCCCUCUUACAGGCGGGCACAUGCGCAUAUACCCUGGCAUUCAGGCUCUGCCUCGCCCUGCCCCACCCACCACCAAUCUUGACCAACAGGAAGGUGGUGGGUUGUCCUUUCCACACCCCUCCCUCUGAGGUAUGGGCGUGGGCCAGGGCUCACCAGAGGCCCCAGAGAAGCACUUAAUUCUAGAGCCUCCUUCCUAGAGCCUUCAGUGGCCUCUGCCAGUCUGGCAGACACUUGCAGACCUCCCUUCUCAGCACCACCAAUCUCUGAUGCCCUGCGAUGCCCACACUCAAUACUUCUGCCUCUCCACCCGCAUUCUUCUGGGCCAAUGCCUCCGGAGGCAGUGUGCUGAGUGCUGAUGAUGCUCCGAUGCCUGUCAAAUUCCUAGCCCUGAGGCUCAUGGUUGCCCUGGCCUAUGGGCUUGUGGGGGCCAUUGGCUUGCUGGGAAAUUUGGCGGUGCUGUGGGUACUGAGUAACUGUGCCCGGAGAGCCCCUGGCCCACCUUCAGACACCUUCGUCUUCAACCUGGCUCUGGCGGACCUGGGACUGGCACUCACUCUCCCCUUUUGGGCAGCCGAGUCGGCACUGGACUUUCACUGGCCCUUCGGAGGUGCCCUCUGCAAGAUGGUUCUGACGGCCACUGUCCUCAACGUCUAUGCCAGCAUCUUCCUCAUCACAGCGCUGAGCGUUGCUCGCUACUGGGUGGUGGCCAUGGCUGCGGGGCCAGGCACCCACCUCUCACUCUUCUGGGCCCGAAUAGCCACCCUGGCAGUGUGGGUGGCAGCUGCCCUGGUGACGGUGCCCACAGCUGUCUUCGGGGUGGAGGGUGAGGUGUGUGGUGUGCGCCUUUGCCUGCUGCGUUUCCCCAGCAGGUACUGGCUGGGGGCCUACCAGCUGCAGAGGGUGGUGCUGGCUUUCAUGGUGCCCUUAGGCGUCAUCACCACCAGUUACCUGCUGCUGCUGGCCUUCCUGCAGCGGCGGCAACGGCGGCGGCAGGACAGCAGGGUCGUGGCCCGCUCUGUCCGCAUCCUGGUGGCUUCCUUCUUCCUCUGCUGGUUUCCCAACCAUGUGGUCACUCUCUGGGGUGUCCUGGUGAAGUUUGACCUGGUGCCCUGGAACAGUACUUUCUAUACUAUCCAGACGUAUGUGUUCCCUGUCACUACUUGCUUGGCACACAGCAAUAGCUGCCUCAACCCUGUGCUGUACUGUCUCCUGAGGCGGGAGCCCCGGCAGGCUCUGGCAGAAACCUUCAGGGAUCUGCGGUCAAGGCUGUGGCCCCAGGGCGGAGGCUGGGUGCAACAGGUGGCCCUAAAGCAGGUAGGCAGGCGGUGGGUCACAAGCAACCCCCGGGAGAGCCGCCCUUCUACCCUGCUCACCAACCUGGACAGAGGGACACCCGGGUGAAGGGCGCAAGCUGAACACGCUCCUCUGAGAUCCACCAAGUGUAGGAUCCUCGAGUCCUGGGGAGAAGCUGCCCUCUCUGCCAGGCUGCAGCGCCCUCAGGGAAAAGUCUGAUCUUUGAUCCCCAACUCUGGGUGUGGUGAAUGGGGGAGGCGGGGGCCCAGAUCAGCGCUGGAUGUGACAAAGCUUAAGUCUUUAUUUGGAGAUGGGAAAGAAGAGGAUCUGAGAAUAAACCUCUGGAUUAUCCACAAAUUGUCUUGACCUUUUAUCCCAGUUCCACCUCCAGUUCAGUAUGGAACAAAAGGAUUCGUUGCUCCAUUUCUGCCUUCUGCAAGAAUACCUAGGAAAACUUCCCUAACGGUUCUAGACUAAUGAAUCAGAGGUCAGUGCCCAUCUCCCUCUAUACCCACCCCCCACCUCAAAACAGGGUAUCCCUUGUCUUUCUCCGGUAUC